CACACGUGCAUACACAUACACGCUCCCCGGCACUGAUCAGUAGCAGUAGUAGAAGUCCAGCCAUCUCUCUUCAUCACCAUGUGCGUCCUGUGGAGAUACAGACUUACAGCCAUGUCGGUGUUGAGUGUGUUGAUGUUUUUCCUUGGUUGUGAGGCUCAGCUGCAUAAUGAGGCACAGAGCGGCAAAUUAGUGUACGCACGCGGAAACCACUGGGCUGUGGGACACCUGAUGGGUAAGAAGAGCAUCGACGAGACGCUGGACUCGGACGACCCUGACGUCAAUGCUCAGGCUUAUUUAAUCACAGCAGAAUCUGACACACACACAAAGCCAUCCAGACUGCUGAAGGCUCUCAUCAAGGCUCUGGCUGGACCAGAGAGAGAGACAGAAGACAAGAUGGAACGACAAGAACUUUUGAUGGAGCUGAGGAGACAGUGGGAAGAGCAGCUGGUAAGAGAGAAGGAGAUCAACCAGGCAGAGAGGUUUUUGUUACUGGCGUUAAAUACAAGAGAUGCAGACGCUAGCUGAAGAUGUGCAUCGCAUCUGAUUCUUAAUCCAAGAUUCUGCAGUUGGAUGCAGUUGAGAAACAACAGCACUGCGUCACAGUCGACUUUGUUUGAAAAUUGUUUGAAAAUAAAGAAACACCUAAAUCACACUUUCUGUUCAUUCCACAUUGCAUUAGUUCACAAAGAACUUCUGUUUGUUUGGUUUUUUUGUAAAUUAAUCUAAUCCUAUGCCAUUGUUUUAUAGGUCUACGUAUAUAACUAUGUUCUUCUGAAUUGUUUGUGACUGGUGUUUCGUCAAAUGUAUUCAA